ACUAACAAUUACCAAAACUCAAAAUAUAGGAAGAGAAAAAAAAAAGAUAUGAAAGUAACACAAAAGCCUAAGAUAAUAUUCAUCCCCUAUCCGGCGCAAGGCCACGUUACUCCGAUGCUCCACCUUGCAUCGGCGUUCCUCAGCCGUGGAUUCGCCCCUAUCGUUAUGACUCCCGAGUCUAUCCACCGUCGGAUCUCGGCUACUAAUGAGGAUCUUGGUAUCACGUUCUUGGCCUUAUCUGACGGGCAAGAUAGUCCGGACGCACCUCCCUCGGACUUCUUCUCGAUAGAGAUCUCGAUGGAGAACAUCAUGCCCUCUCAACUCGAACGGCUCUUACUAGAAGAAGACUUGGAUGUAGCUUGUGUUGUGGUUGAUUUGCUGGCUUCGUGGGCUAUAGGAGUGGCUGAUCGGUGUGGUGUUCCGGUCGCUGGAUUCUGGCCGGUGAUGUUCGCUGCUUACCGUUUGAUCCAAGCAAUACCGGAGCUAGUACGGACAGGCUUAGUUUCCCAAAAAGGCUGUCCUCGUCAACUAGAAAAACCAAUAGUCCUGCCGGAGCAACCGCUCCUAUCCGCAGAAGAUCUACCGUGGCUGAUCGGAACUCCGAAAGCUCAGAAAAAACGAUUCAAGUUCUGGCAAAGAACUCUAGAACGAACAAAAAGUCUCCGUUGGAUCUUGGCAAAUUCCUUUAAAGAUGAAUAUGAUGAUGUCAACAACCACAAAACAUCCUACAAAAUAUCUAACGAUUUCAACAAAGAUAAAAAUGGUCAAAACCCUCAAAUCCUUCAUGUAGGUCCAUUGCAUAACCAAGAAGCAACAAAUAAUAUAACUAUAACCAAGACUAGUUUUUGGGAAGAAGACAAUUCUUGUCUUGGUUGGCUUCAAGAACAAAACCCGAACUCAGUCAUUUAUAUAUCAUUUGGAAGCUGGGUUUCUCCUAUAGGAGAAUCAAAUAUUCAAACGUUAGCAUUGGCGUUAGAAGCUUCAGGGAGACCUUUCCUUUGGGCGCUAAACCGAGUGUGGCAAGAGGGACUACCACCAGGGUUCGUGCAUAGAGUAACAAUUACCAAAAACCAAGGAAGGAUCGUCUCGUGGGCUCCGCAACUUGAAGUUCUUAAAAACGAUUCUGUGGGAUGUUACGUGACUCAUUGUGGCUGGAACUCAACCAUGGAGGCGGUGGCAAGUUCUCGGAGGCUACUGUGUUAUCCGGUGGCUGGAGACCAGUUUGUGAACUGUAAAUACAUCGUAGACGUGUGGAAGAUUGGGGUGAGAUUGAGCGGGUUUGGAGAGAAGGAGGUUGAAGAUGGACUAAGGAAAGUAAUGGAGGAUCAAGAUAUGAGUGAGAGAUUGAAGAAGUUAAGAGAUAGAGCAAUGGGGAAUGAAGCUCACGAUGAUCAAACCAUUGCACGUAUAUUAGCUGAAGAUGAGAGCUUAAGAAGAGAUGGCAAGCUUGGGAAGAGAUUAUCUCAUUUGGAUUCUAUCCCACAUACUCCUCGGGUUAACAGGCAAAUACCCGAUAUAAAUGAUGCAACAUUAGACCAUGAGCUGCUCUCUGGGAGGUUGGCUACAUAUGGGUUAGCCGAACUACAAAUGGAGGGAGAUGGAAAUUGCCAGUUUCGAGCUUUAGCAGACCAGCUUUUCCGCAAUGCAGAUUACCAUAAACAUGUAAGGAAGCAUGUUGUAAAGCAGUUAAAACAACAACGGAAGUUAUACGAAGAAUAUGUGCCAAUGAAAUACAGACACUACACCAGGAAGAUGAAAAAACAUGGUGAAUGGGGAGAUCAUGUUACUCUUCAAGCUGCUGCAGAUCGAUUCGAAGCAAAGAUCUGCUUAGUCACAUCCUUUCGGGAUCAAUCCUACAUCGAGAUUCUUCCCCAUAACAAGAACCCUCUUAGAGAGGCUUGGCUUAGCUUCUGGAGCGAAGUUCACUACAAUUCGCUAUACGCUAAUGGAGUUCUUGCUCUUCCAGAUGUUCCAACAAGAAAACCCAGAAGGAAGCAUUGGCUCUUCUAGGAUUGGAUUUGAAGUUCAGUUCCUCUCUAUUUGUAUAAUGUAUACUACCUUCCUCAGAUUUAUUUGUGAACUUUGAAAUAACCUUACUUUGUUGUAUCAUGUAUGCUUAUCAUUGUAAAAGAAAAAAGUAAACAUAGAUACAUUAU